GUAGAGCUGACAAGUGGAGCUCAGCCUGCUGGAGCCUAGCCAUGACGCUGUGGUGUACAGUGCUAGGAGCCCUGCUCACGGUUGUGGGAUGCCUGUGUCUGUCCUUGCUGCUCAGGCACCGCAGGCCCUGGGAGCCACCUCUGGACAAGGGUUUUGUGCCCUGGCUGGGUCACUCCAUGGCUUUCCGGAAGAAUAUGUUUGAAUUCUUGAAGGGGAUGCGGGCCAAGCACGGGGAUGUCUUCACGGUGCAGCUGGGAGGCCAGUACUUCACCUUUGUCAUGGACCCCCUGUCCUUUGGCCCCAUCAUUAAGAACACAGAGAAAGCGCUGGACUUCCAGUCCUAUGCAAAAGAACUGGUGCUCAAGGUGUUUGGGUACCAGUCUGUAGAUGGGGAUCACAGGAUGAUCCACUUAGCUAGUACCAAGCAUCUGAUGGGGCAAGGCUUGGAGGAACUCAACCAGGCCAUGCUGGACAGCCUAUCCUUGGUGAUGCUAGGGCCUAAAGGUUCGAGUCUGGGUGCCAGCUCCUGGUGUGAAGAUGGCCUCUUUCACUUCUGCUACAGAAUCCUGUUUAAGGCUGGCUUCCUGAGCUUAUUCGGCUACACCAAGGACAAGCAGCAAGACCUGGAUGAGGCCGAUGAGCUGUUCAGGAAGUUCCGUCGAUUUGACUUUCUCUUCCCCAGGUUUGUCUACUCCCUACUGGGGCCCCGGGAGUGGGUGGAAGUGAGCCAGUUGCAGCGUCUCUUCCAUCAGAGACUCUCUGUGAAGCAAAACCUGGAAAAAGACGGCAUAAGCUGUUGGUUAGGCUACAUGCUUCAGUUUCUGAGGGAGCAAGGAAUAGCUUCAUCCAUGCAGGACAAAUUUAACUUUAUGAUGCUCUGGGCCUCCCAGGGGAACACGGGACCCACCUGUUUCUGGGUCCUCUUAUUCCUGCUGAAGCACCAGGAUGCCAUGAAGGCUGUGCGUGAGGAAGCCACCAGGGUCAUGGGUAAGGCCAGGCUGGAAGCCAAGAAGUCGUUCACUUUCACUCCCAGUGCCCUGAAACACACUCCAGUGUUGGACAGCGUGAUGGAGGAGAGUCUGCGUCUCUGUGCCACCCCCACCCUCCUCAGGGUGGUACAGGAGGAUUAUGUCCUGAAGAUGGCCAGCGGACAAGAGUACCAGAUCCGUCGCGGAGAUAAGGUGGCUCUCUUCCCCUAUCUCUCAGUACACAUGGACCCCGACAUCCACCCUGAGCCCACAGCCUUCAAGUAUGAUCGGUUCCUCAACCCGGAUGGCACCCGGAAAGUGGACUUCUACAAGUCGGGCAAGAAGAUCCACCACUACAGCAUGCCUUGGGGCUCGGGUGUUUCCAAGUGCCCCGGCAGGUUCUUUGCCCUCAGCGAGAUGAAGACCUUUGUCCUUCUUAUGAUUAUGUACUUCGACUUCAAGCUGGUCGACCCCGACAUACCUGUGCCCCCCAUUGACCCAAGGCGCUGGGGCUUUGGCACCUCACAGCCUAGCCAUGAGGUACGCUUCCUCUAUCGCCUGAAGCCCGUGCAGUGAGCUCAGGUCUGAGCAUACCCUGCAGCCCAGAGCAGCACUGAAUACCCAUCCUCUGGCUCUGAGGCACUCCUUCCUCUCCCCAGCUCUCAGAGAUCUGUCAUGCUCCCCAUAAGACGCCAUCCCUCCAGCGGUCUCUGCCUGACCCUCCUCUCAGGAGGAACACAUGUGGUCAGCUCAGUUUACAACUGAUGGCUCACCCACACUUGACUCAUCCUGGAGGGCAGACCAGCUCCCGUGAGUCAGAUGGCAUCUUGCAAAUGCUGCCUCAACCCAUCCAGCCUGCCUUACUCGAUGCCCUUACUCCAAAUCCUACCAGCUCAGACUCCAGGGAUGUUGCUCAAUGGAAUCGAGCCAUGUGUGCGACUGUUAAUUUCCCACUAGAUAUAAAAGCAAGGGAUUACGUUGA